GUUGUUCUAACCAGUUGCUUUUUCUGCUUGAAAAUUAUUCACUAUGGCGGUGAGAACAAGUCCGUCUCUCCGACGGAGAUUUUAGAUUCCAAGUUUUUCUUGUGCUGGAUCCAACGCCGCCCAGGGUUACAGCGUUGAUACAAUAUGAGUGCGGUGAACAUCACGAAUGUUGCCGUAUUAGACAAUCCGGCAUCAUUUUUGUCCCCGUUCCAGUUUGAAAUAUCUUACGAGUGUGUCACUCCUCUCCAAGAUGAUUUGGAAUGGAAGCUCAUCUAUGUGGGAUCGGCUGAGGAUGAGACAUAUGACCAAGUUUUAGAAAGCGUUCUUGUUGGCCCUGUAAAUGUUGGAAAUUACCGCUUUGUCUUGCAGGCGGACCCUCCAGAUCCUUUGAAAAUUCGUGAAGAAGACAUUAUUGGUGUUACUGUCCUCUUGUUGACCUGCUCAUAUUUGGGGCAGGAAUUUGUACGAGUUGGGUACUAUGUGAACAAUGAUUAUGAUGCUGAGCAGCUGAGAGAAGAGCCUCCACAGAAAGUCCUAAUUGAUAGGGUUCAAAGAAAUAUAUUAACGGACAAACCUAGAGUAACGAAGUUCCCUAUUAACUUUCGCCCUGAAAAUAGUGAAAGAGAGGAGCAAGCCCCUCCACCUGAUCAUGUGGGUGAAGAAGAAGACCGAAACGAAGGGCAAUUGCCUUUCCCUAAGAGUAAAUCAGAUGAAGAUGGAGCCUAAUAUGAAAAUGUUAUUUUUUUAUCCUUGUGUUUGGUUUUACAGUAUUGUCCCUGAAGAUAUCUCAUUCUGGCUUCUGGUGGAUGAUAUCUGAUCAUCAAAACCCGUGUUUUUCUUCUUUUCCUUUCUUUCUUGUGAUAUAUGUAUCAAUUCCAGUGACAUUUUCAAGUAGUUAACCAGUCUGGUUUUGGGGGUUUAGAAGAAACUGUAAGUAGACUAGAUGCCAAUUUUGGCUUUGUAAUUUGGUCCAAAAUGUUUAUAAGCAAAACUUUAAUAAC